AUGGCGACUACGACGGCGACUACGACGGCGACUACAACGGCGACUAUGACGGCGACUACGAUGGCGACUAUGACGGCGACUACGAUGGCGACUACGACGGCGGCUACGACGCCGGCUACGACGGCGACUACGACGGCGACUACGACGGCGACUACGACGGCGACUACGACGGCGACUACGACGGACUCAGACUCCAACUCUGACUCCAACUGUGACUCCAACUUCGACUCCGACUCCAACUCCAACUCCGACUCCAAUUCCAACUCCGAUUCCAGCUCUGACUCCAACUCCGACUCCAACUCCGACACCGACUCCAACUCCGACACCGACUCCAACUCCGACUCCAACUUAAAUGAAUUAUAA